GGCCCAACCAAUGGUGCCCCAGGCUCGGCAAAAGUCAGAAAGAGAACCAGCGGGCCAAGGCACUCUUCGACAUCUGCAGCGCCGUGAUUCUUCUCGUCCGCAAAAGGCUUUGCCCCAUCAGGAGAAAUCCAAACCUUCUAGAGGAUUCCCUAUCACGAGAUCGCCAAAACUUAAUAUGGGCUACAAUAAAACAAGACAGAAUGGUCCCGACAAGAAAGUGAUUGCUCGUAAAAAUAGUAAUUUCACUACUGCUGGCAAUCCACUGCCGAGUCGGCAACCGACAAGGGUGGUACAUGGUGAGACCCACAUCUCCCGAGUUGAAGCAACGACCCAAAAGGUCGCUAACUUGGCCGCCUCCUCAAUGAUUGAACAAGGGCGGCGUCGCCGUUUGAUCCUCGAGUCUGAGUCGAAGGACGAGGACGAGGAGCCUUUUCCCUCCAUGCGUGAAAUGGCAAACACUAGCCCACUAGGCAAACCCGAGGUGGUCAUCGGGGAAUCUAGUCAGCAUGUGCAGACCGCUGUCCCUGUACCUCCACCUUCGAAGAACUCGCGAGGAGAUCGAACGGUGAACCAGGCUGGUGCUCGUGAGACCGGGGCUGCGCAAAAAGGGAGGCGUCGCCUUACUAAAAAAGGCUUGUCGAGCCGGCAGGCAGCUACACAGACACCUAUUAAUCUUGCUGCUGGGGACUGGGUGGAAUCCCAAUCAAAGCAAUUUCGGAUGCAAUGGCUGAAGUGGAGCUACCUCCACCACGCGCUGUCUCCAAUAUGGGCUCUCCGGAUUCGAGUUCAGACGGGGAGAUCCCCAUCUUUGAGUUGAAGCGCCGCCCUCCAAGGGAGCCUCGCCCCUCUCGGCACACUAAACUUAACCAUGUUAA